AUGGCCAAUAUCGCAAUUGUCAUCUACUCCAUGUACCACCAUGUGGCCACCUUGGCUGAAGCUGUCAAGGAAGGUAUCGAAUCCACCGGCAAUAAUGCAACCAUCUACCAGGUCAAGGAGACUUUACCUGAAGAGGUGUUACAGAAAAUGUAUGCUCCAGCAAAGCCAGACUACCCAAUUGCCACAAUUGAAGACUUGACCAAGGCAGACGGUAUUUUGUUUGGUGUGCCAACCAGAUUUGGUUCCAUGCCUGCACAGAUGAAGGCCUUCAUUGACUCCACCGGCGGAUUAUGGGCUAGUGGUGCCCUCUACCAUAAGCCUGCAGGUGUCUUCAUCUCCACCGGUACCGGUGGUGGUAACGAGAUGACUGCAGUCUCAAUGAUUUCAACCAUUGCCCAUCACGGUAUGAUUUAUGUGCCAUUGGGUUACAAGGAAGUCUUUGGCGAGCUGACCAACUUAAACGAAGUCCACGGUGGCUCUCCUUGGGGGGCAGGUACCAUUGCGGGCUCCGACGGUUCUCGUAAACCAAGUGAGCUAGAAUUAAAGGUUGCCAAGACCCAAGGCGUGGAAUUUGCAAAGGUUGUUUCCAAGUUUUGA